AUGCAGGAAAGCCAAAAUCAAUAUCUUGCCUACAAGCAGGAUACUAGGUACCUUCUUCGAUGGAUCAUUUGCAACUACAAUGAAAUCCUCCGAUCCCAGACUGCCAAGGAACAGCAAGAGGCCGAGACCAAACCAAAGCUCACUGGUGAAGUGACGGUCAAGGAACUUGUGGCUAUGGCCACAUGCAUCGGCACUCAGAAGAUAGCUGUUCCUUCAUCCAUCUUCAAGUGCCUGCGGGCUGUCAUUAAUGCGCGUACGAUGGUUGCAGAAACUUAUAAGAGCAUUCCGAGUUCUGAUGGUGAGCGAGACGAGCAGGUGGAGGAGUCUAAUGCUUCCCAUGCGUACUUUAUUCAGGCACUCGCUACCAUCUUUUCCUCGCUUGGUGGUGACGAAUACCUUGAAUCUCUCACGGGUACAACUGAUGGCCAAGUGGCAGAGCCUCAAGUUCCCUCACUCUCGAAUAUGUUUUCAAAUCUUGAUACCAACAGGACCACAACAAGUAAUCACAGCUCUCGUGAGGAAGAAGAUGCUGUUUUGACGGACGAGGAGACCGAACCAUCCAAGAACAAAAAGGUUAGCUCAAGGGGCAAGAAAGGAAAGAAGAACAAGAAGGAAGACAAGGCCGCAGAACAAGACAGGCUACGGCCCUUGGAAGCCUACAAGCUUCUCGAGUUCAACGAAGAUGGUGAACCAGCCGACUACAUGCUCGCCGUUCUGCAUCUGUGCCGCGAUUGGAUCCAGCUCAGAGAAAGACUCGGAAACAGUUGGCAAGCCGUUAUACAUAGAGGUCACAACAUUGCCGGCGUCGCAGCUUCGUGCCAUUUCGCCACGGCCAUGAUCAGGGAGAGCGAGAUGGCCAUAUUUGUGGACUUUCCCGGCCUCGAGACUUUCCAGAACGUAUUCACCACCAUCGCCCGGGGGAACCAAGCCAUGCCUGGCAUGUUUGUGAUGCAGUCGGCCGAGUUUCAGGGCACCAAUAAAGAGUCCACAAUAACUAAACAAGAGUUGCUCGAUCCCAGGGAACAGUUCAUGGUGAACGUUUACGAAGACCUUGUCGACUUCCUUACCGACUACAGAUGUACCCAGAGCGGGAAGCCAACAAAGCGUAUGGCGAAGAAGCUUCAAGGCUGGAACCCGGAGCUUAACCUGGCAGAGGCAACGGCGGAGGAGCGGCUGGUCUGGCGGCGGUGCUACACCAUCAACUGGCUAUACGACUUUGUCAACUUCUUCUCGUCCGUUGUCAUCAAACACCACCUUCGCAAAACAGGUAAGGAUAAGUCUCAACUUGAGAUGGACCAGGUAGAUUGGCUGAGCACUGGACCUUGGUUUGAGAACCGCAAGCUCUUCGGCCUGGUCGAGUUUGGUGGCAGCAUCACCAAGCUUGCCAUGCAAAAGCCCGGAGCCGCGAUCCACGAGGCCAUCGCACCGUCCCUGGUUUUUCAGCUGCAGUGUCUGGUCGACUCCUUUGUGGCAUCGCGUGGUCUGGUCUACCAUCCCUUCCAGGGCGCUGUCCUCCGCCAACCGAAUCCCGACUUUUACCCACAGCGGGACAUUGACGCGUUCCUCGACCGAGAGAACAGGAAAAAGGGCAAAGGUUAUCUGGCAACAGCCGUACGCCUAAACCCAUGGGUAGAAACCAACAGUCGGCCUAACCCCAACAUCGACAACGUUGAUGCUUUUGCCGACAGCUUCAGGGAGUGGUUGGGGAGAUGCCCAUUUGAUUACACCGAAGCUGGCCUGCCUUCCUCUCGCUCUUCUCCCGACGGCAGCUACCACGCCCUGUGGGAUCUGUCCCCCUACCUCUGCGGCGUCGGUCUCCUGGAGGCCCUGGACAUUGCCCACUGCCACUUCAUCGCCAUCUGGGACGUCAACAUGAGGCCCGCAAUCUUGAUACAUCUGUACAACAUGCUCAAGAACAGCGGCAACUUGGCAGCACCUGUCCCAGCCCUCGAGUUCCUGAUCGAAAGCAUGGGUGAGGCGUUCUUCAACGGAGCAGCCCCGUCCACCGACUUCCAGCGCCACUAUGAGGGACUCCUGGCCAGGCAGAUGAGCCAGCCCAGGAUACGGAGGCAGGAGAGGGCUCUGCGAGAUGCCAACCGUCGACAGGACUUGAUGGCGUAUCUGGACCCGAGCAACAACAUCAUCAUGAACAAGGCCGGACUCGCGACCUGCUACCGUCGUGCGCGCUGGAACAGGAUCUCCAACGCAGACGUGCCCCACGACAGCUCGUACGAUCUUCUCAGCUUCUGCACCGCCGAGUUGGAAUCAAAUCUCUCGACAAGGGACCUCCACGGCGUCAUGUCCGUGGUCUUCUCCCACUACCAGUUCCACUGCGAGAAGCCGUACAUGGCCAUAAACUGGCCAAGGAUGGGCGCGGCAGUGUCGCUUGUAGCCAGUAAACUCACAGCAGACGUUCGCGAGUCGCACAGGACCCUGUUUAACGACCAAUUUCGCAACGGCCCUGCGUUCUACGACUUUGAGGGAGUCGCAGCCAUGAUGAAGUCGGCCCUGAGUGGGAAAGACGAUGGUAUUCUCAAGACGAUUUCGGAGAGCCUGGCGAAACAGCAGAAUCAACUCAGGCUUCCUUUAUAUUGGGUUACUAGUACUGUCUACGCCUCCACGCCCGGUGCAUCUGACUCUUGUUGA